CUAACGUUAGCUAGCUGGCUAAAUUAGCUUAGUAGUUAGAUAUCUAACAGCCAGCCCUCUGUUCAGUAGAUAAUGGCCUCGACCGAACGGUUGAGUGCCUUGCGAGAGCGCAACAAAGACUUGUUGAUGCAAUUGAGGCACCAAACCGAAAGACUAUUGACUAUCACCGGCACCAAAGGCAGCUCGGAGAAUGAUUCAAACCGGACAGCACAAAACAACACAACAAAAAACCCAGGUCAGAAUAAAGAAAAAAGCCCCUCUGCAGAGAACAUGGUGACCCUGGUAGAUGGUGACUUAUGUACUGCCAGGUCUGUUCUCAGUAAACCUACUGUACAGUUCAAGGAGAGAGACAACACUGAAACACAGACAACAGCCCCACUGAGAACUGAAGGUAGGUAACGUUAACAAGCUAGAUAUACCAAUUGAAUGCAAAGGAACUGCUGACAUUGACUAAUAUUGGCAUAUCAGUCACAUCAUAAGAUUUCCAUAGAAAUAAUGCUGAAUCCAUUUUUCCUCAGGUGAGGCAGUGGAAUCUGUGAAUGUCACCCUCUGUCAAACCUCUACACCAUACCUUAUCACGGGAACCAAGCUUAAACCAGGCCAAGCUGCAGAGCACACUACUGUUCACACAGGAUUGAUUCAAGACCGAGGCAACGGCAGUCCAGCAAGUCUUGUCAGAUCACUGGAUAUUAGGAGGCCCUAUACCAGGCCUAUUCGCUAUAAUCAGGAGAGUGACCGGGUGAGCAAAGUAAAAAGGGAGAAGGGAAAUGUUGUUAUUAUACAAGUGGUGUAAGGACAGUUCUGUUCAACAAAGUUGUUACUGUAGUAAUUACCCUAUUACUACCAUAGAUAAUAUAAAAAGAAAGGUUACUACAAACAGGUAUAUCAUCUCCCACUAAAUGGCACUGUAUUAUCAAAGUGGGGCAGUACACCCACAGAUAGAACAAUGAGGCAGAUGUUUACCAGAUUUAUAAAGCUGAAGCAUCCGGUUGGCGUUUCCACUCACAACCAAAUAUGGUGAUGAGAGGAAGCCCAGUGGCCGGCUGUGGGAGAAGAUGGAGUGAGGUGGCAUUUUGCCAACAAAAUUAAAAUAUGUUACAAACAGAGUGGACUAAGUUUAGUAGACUUUACCUUUUGCCAAAGUUUCUAAAUUGCUUUGUUUAGAAGGAAUGCAAGGGCGAAUUAAGUUAUUGCACAUUUCACAGAGUAGGCGUUCCCUAACAGAAAUAUGCAAAUGCAUGCUAGAACGUGCCAAUAGGAUCUCGGUAGCUCGUGCUUGGUACAAUUGAUUGUUGGUACAAUUGAUUGAUCUACCAUUUCCCUCACUUCUGUAUUUUUAUUGAGCAACACAUUUCACCUGUAAAAUAAAAUGUUUUGCCCUCUGCUUGUGUCCAUAGAGGGAGGUGGGUAAAGUCACAUUCCAAUCCCCUGGACUGGAGCAGACAUCAGCCUCAGACAGACAGCGUCUGCAGCCUUUACUGGGCUAUGACUGGAUAGCAGGUAUGCCAAGAAAUGAGUUCUAUACAUAAAUAAAGCUAACCCAACCAGUUUAGUUGGGUAGCAGCUAAAAUGUUACUCUGUUUGAAAUUGAUACUGUUCUCCUCCUCCCUUAGGGAUUGUGGAUGCAGAAAGCUCCUUGACAGAGCGCUCUGAGCAGUUCUUCAGUGAUCUGCGCACUUUCCGACAGGUCAACAGAGAUGAGUGUGUCCACAGCCAACAAGCAGGGUAAGUGCAUUCACUUAAUGUAAUAUAUUUUUCUUGAGCUGUGAACUUGAUUUGGGUUUCAAGUAUUUUUAACCAGAAGUUCAGACUAUAAGAGGACUAUGACUGAAAUAGAUAAUAAUUAUUAUUUAAUGAAUAACUGUUGAUUUACCCUCCUCACAGAUUAUCUGAAGAGGACCUCUCACCCCCACCACUGUCAAUAGAGAAGGAAGACCAACAGCACACCAUGGAUACUCACCAGUGUAUGAGAAACCAUAGCAAGCUUUUGGAUUAGACCUACAUAAUGUCACUAUUGCUUACUGAAGAAGAGACCCUGAAUACUGUAACUGUACUGUCUGACUCUGUUUCUCCUUGUUGUUUAGGUACGUUCUGUUACAGGAUCAACAGCCGACUGUUCCCAACCCCGUUGGAUUCUCAGGAGUCAUGCCCUGUGUGUAAGAAGCCCAAAUCCCAAAUCCCCCACACUGUGGCUGAGCCAGCCUUUAUCAGGUGAGACCACUCAUUCGUUUGGUGACACUUUUCAAAUUCUACUAAAGUGAAGUCCAUUACAAACCAGGAUGGUGUUUUAAUACCAUCCCGUUAUAACACUUGUCCUCGUCAUAAAGAAUAUGCUUUUGUUUCUGUCCCAGGGUCAGCAUCCCUCGCUCCACGCUGUUGCCAGCAUACCAGUACAAAGCCCAUCGGAGGUGUAGCUUUGACCCCUCCGACACCCUGGGUCUACCAUCGGUGAGUGUGGCCUGUGUGUUAAUAAGAGAAGACUUACUACAUCUAUAAUGUAGACAUUGAAACACGCUCCUCAAUCAUCUGAAUUCUACUGUUCUGUUAUUUGUCAUCUUGCUCAUUCUCAUUGCUUAUCCGGCCCAUAGUUCUCCCCAAACACUGUAAUAAGGUUUUAGUUCUAGUUGUAUCACAAGCCUUUGAUUUGAUGUUCCUUACAGCACUGUCUGUCAGGCUGGUCUAACACAGUCCCCAGCACUGGACCCCAGCUCAGCAGCCUGGAUCUGAGGAGCUCUGUGGACAUGAAGACAGCAUUCUGUGGAGUCCCCUCUGCACAGCCACAGUCUAAGGAGAAACUGGUGAGCCAUUGCAAGAUGAAAGAACACAUAUCACAGGUCUUGGUGGCCGCGGCAAAGAUUUCUGUAUCUUAGCAUGUGUUUGUUUGGCAUACUGGUAUGUCUGUGUCUGGUUGAUUUGGUUUUCUAUUUUUUCUCAGGAUCUUUCAGUGUCCAGAGUGUCUGGCAGUCAGCGCUCUGACCAGCUGCUCGACGUGUCUCGUUUGGCCGGCUACCGUUUCCAGCGCCUGCCUCCCAACAACAAACCACACAGCCCGUCCUACCCUGUGUUCUGACAACCUAACAGCACUAUAAAACCUGUGUAGUAUGAUGAUUUCAUAUUUUUACAUGGCUGAAAUAUUUAAUAAUGAUGCCGAAUUAACCCUCAGCAGUUUUAACGUAGGAUUCUGAAUGACAUUGUGCCUAUUGAAUCAUUCAUUUAUCUUAAUUUUCUACGAUAUACUUAUAUAAUGUGUUAAGUGCUUGAUUUUCGUGUUGAUGACCUACAGAUAUGAUUUAAGGUGCAAUAUGCAGAAAUUGCU